AUGGAGAACAAAAAGGAGUCGGCGUGCCAGAGGAAGAAGAGGAGGCGAAAAGAGGAGGGCCGCGCUGGCAGGAGCCGCCUGUGCACGUGCCGCAUCUGGCACCGGGCUCCACGUCUCUGCGGCUCCACGGCUCGGAGGGUCUGUGGCUCCACGGCUCUGCGGCUCUUUGACUCUGUGGCUCCACGGCUCUGUGGCUCUGCGGCUCUGCAGGGGGUGCUCCUGCUGCCCAUGGCUCUGAGCUUAUAA